CGUCUCAGUUUACCUGCUUGCAGGUGUUCACAGCUGUUCCUUGUUGAAUCUGAUUAAUCUGGCCUUCCAGGCCUACCUGCGCUCGCCGGCUAACUUCCGCUAGCCUGCCCGCUGAAUACCUUCAAUUUGUGGCCUGUUCUUCCUGUGUUGUUUUCCGUAAAUCUGCUGCCUUGGGAUCAAACUGUAUGGUGUGUUGUCAGAUUUUUCCAUCUAAAGAUUAGAAGACAAGGAGGCAGGCCAUCACCUUCAUGUCAGUGGAUGUAUACUGCUCACUCGCCCACAAAGAUGACAAAAGACUAUCGGACCUUGGUCUUCAAACAACAUGCUAAAUUUACUUCACCUGAGAAGAGGUCUCUGGACCACUGAGCAACAGUCCAGGACGUCUUUGUUUUGAAUGUGUAAACUCUGUUUCCGAAUAUUAAACUGAUCCACACGAAAUGGACAGCGCACUCUGCACCGGAUGCUUCAGCAAUUUGUUUGUGCAGAAGAAUUGUUGAGCUGCAGACAAUGAUGAAAGUUUUGUUCCUCGUUCUGUGUUCAGGAAUUUUGCAGUUUUCAUUAGCUGCAUACCGUCUGCGAUACUUCAAUAAUUCAGAAGUGAGCCUGAACUGGACUGAUGCAGAACAAUACUGUGUUGAAGAGGGAGGAUCAUUACUGAGUCUGUAUGAUGAAGAGGAUGAGAGGAUGAUGUUUAAUUACACUAGCUGGUUUGAAGGACCUGGGUUUUGGCUUGGCCUGAAGAAGAAGGAUAAUGAUGCUCUCUUUUGGUCAGAUGGAGAAAUCGUCAACUUUACCAAGUCAACAGUAAACGUUAGUGAUGGAGAUCAACUCUGUGAAGCUUUUAAAAACGGUUCAUGGAUGGGUUUUAAAUGUUCAGAAGAAAAAGCUUUCAUGUGUAAAAAUGGUGAAAAUUUCGUCCUUGUAGACGAUGUUGAGAGAAACUGGUGCCAGGCGCUGCAACACUGCAGAACACAUUUCAGCGAUUUAGCGAGCAUCAUGGACGAACAGCAAAAUGAAGACCUGAGACAAAAAAGUCUAGGAAAAACUGUUAUGAUCGGGCUUCAGCAUGAUAACUAUGAACGGGCAGACAAAAGUUGUUCAACAUUUAGAAAUAUUAGUAAUAGUCCUGAAUGUGUCUCUUUACAUAACAAUGGAAAUGAGCUUACUUGGACACAACAAAACUGCGCUAAUAUAAAACCAGUCAUUUGUUAUAAAGGCCAUGUGAGAGCCAUAGUAAUCAAGGAGCCCAAAACCUGGGAGGAUGCGCUGAAUUACUGUAAAGCCAGACAUUCACGCUUUCUAUUGAUUGAGGAUGAGGAGGACCAGGAAGCUGUCGGACAGUGGCUUAAAUACACUGUCACUGGUUCUUUGAAGCGUUUGUGGAUCGGUCUGAGGCAGAGUUCUGUCUUUGGGUUCUGGAUUUGGAGUGACCGAAUUGCGAACUAUAAGAACUGGGAGAAUGGAAAACAGCCUGAGAUGCCUUUGUCCCAUCACUGCGGUGUGAUUGAUGCUAAAACCUACAAAUGGAACGAUGAAGAUUGUAAUUUUAAGCUACCUUUCCUUUGUGAGGAGGAUAUAAUAUACAUGAAGACCUAAAAUUACAGCUUCAUUCAGCAGUCGAAAGCCUAAUGAUGUCAUGUUGCCAUAUCCAUCCAUCUGUCUGUUUCUCUCUCUCUGUUAUUGGGGGGUUUGAUUCUAUGCUUAGGUGUUUUUUUUUAUUAUUUCAUGUAAUCAGUGUCUGAAUUUGUAUUUCCAAAAGCAAUAUUUAAUCUGAAUCAGUUCCGUAUGUGAAAUGUUUUGCCUUUUUUUUCUGUUGUGCAGUUUUUGACAAGAGAC